AUGACUGUGUCCUCUCACGUCUCGGGCGGUCUGACCGCCAGCCAAGUCACCUCCUUCCAGAACAACGGCUAUCUCAUCAUCGAGGAUGCCCUCUCACCGUCUACGGUGAAGUCCUUGCUAGACGAGACAAACUCGCUGCUGAGCAACUUUAGCCUGGAUGACCACCCCAUGACCAAGUUCAGCACGGGAGGCGAGGACGGACAAGAUCACGUGGGUGACGACUACUUCCUGACCUCGGGCGACAAGAUCCGCUUCUUCUUCGAGGAGGACGCCUUCGACCCAAAGGGCAACCUGACCAAGCCCAAGGAGAGGGCCAUCAACAAGAUCGGCCACUACCUGCACGCCCUCAGCCCGCCAUUCGCCAGCUUACUGAACGGAGACAGCGGCGCGGCCACGCAGGCCGUGCCGGCGGAGAUCGCGAGGUCGCUGGGCUACAGCGACCCGAGGUGUCUGCAGAGCAUGGUGAUUUGCAAGCAGCCUGAGAUCGGGGGCGCGGUCCCGCCACAUCAGGACAGCACCUUCCUGUACACAAACCCGCCGAGCGCCGUUGGGUUCUGGUACGCGCUCGAGGACGCGACGCUCGAGAAUGGCUGUCUGAGCUUUUUGCCCGGAUCGCACAAGUGGGCACCUAUCUCAAAACGGCUCGUCCGUAAGGCAGAAAACGCAGGGACGGAGAUGGCUUCCAACGACGGGCCGAGGUUCCCGCCUGGAGACGAAUAUGGUGAGAGGGCAGACACGCCGGCAAGGGAUGAGGAUUAUAUCCCCGGCGAGGUCAAGGCUGGGUCGCUGGUGCUCAUCCACGGCAAUAUCCUCCACAAGAGUGAGAAGAACCUCAGCCAGAAGGGGAGGAUCAUCUACACCUUCCACAUCAUCGAGGGAGGAGGUGAGAGGGUGUAUGACGAGAAGAACUGGCUGCAGCCUCCGGUGGAGGGCUUUACGAAGCUGUACUCUUGA